AAGCCGAAGACCGAGCCCGAGAGGCCUGGCUACGAAAAUCCUUUUCCGUCAAUGGCCGUAGAUGGCCGUCUAUGAUCGUCUAUGGUAUAGGAUGUCAGCUAAGAUGUGGAUGUGGUAAGGUGUGGUAAGAUGUGGCAAGAUAUGGUGAGAUAGUACGAGAUAGUAAGAAAAGAUCAAAAGGAGGAAGAUGCGAUUGAAACCUGCGAUUUGAAAUGAUUUGAAACGGUGAACGCAUUGUUCUGGUACUCGUAGCCGUACAAUUCGGUGAGAAAUUCGUUUGAACAAAAAGAUCGGGCCAGUCUGGUUGCUUGGCAUUUUGCCAAAUUGGACUUGUCUUUGCGCCUCGGGAAGUAUGGGCUUGCAAGACUUACAAGUCCCAAUUCUACAAUUGGGCCCAUCGCACUAAGUCAACACGUUGGAAGCCAGGCGUGUUUUCUGAAAAUGGCAACGGGAUACAGUUGGGACAUUUGCCCAAAAGCACAUGAGCUUGGGUGGUGACCUGUCUCAAACUGAUGGAAUGGAGAUGCUCCCAGGAUGUCCGACCAGCAAGAACUCCACUUCCAGAUGGUCGCAUGGAAUGCGAGUUCUGCGGCCGGAAGUUCAAUCCUGCAAGCUAUGAGCGACAUCAGCCCAUCUGUCAGAAGGUUUUCGGAGGAACUCGACCGCAGUUCCUUUCGUCACACGUCUCAAAGGGCAGCGACAGAGCACGCGCGGCCAAUCGAGGGGGCGGCCCUGUCGGACAGGGCUCAAACGGACACAGUCCGCGGUCUCCCAAAGCUCCUACGCAAAGGUCGCAACCUGGCCAUAGCAGUCCCAGAGGCUCAGCUGGCGAAAAUCCAGGUCAUGGAAAAAACGCCGUGGCGAAGCCUCAAAGGACACCAACUGGACCAGAACCGUGCCACGGAUCUGAUGUGCCCAGGGCUAGACAGGAUUCACAGGAGCUUGAGCAGCGGGUCAUGCGAGUCAUGAGUGACCAAAUGGAGGAGCUCAGGAAUCUGAGGCAGCAGGUUCGCGAGGAGCCUGAAUCCCACGGCAAGGUUGAGAAGGAUUCAGCUGCAGUCAGCAAAGCUGGAGAUUCAACAGGGGCAUGCGCCCCGAAGCCGCAGGAGCGAGCCAGACGAGCGCCAAAAAGUCCGACGAAUCCAGAGGAGAGGUUGCUGCCACAGCCAAAGAAAGCUGCUGUUGAGGACCGGAUCCCAAAGAGCCCUGUGCUUAGCGAAUCAGCGCCUUGCCGCUCCCUUGUUUCAGCUGCUGAAAUGCAGCUGAUACCCUGUGAGGAUUGUGGGCGUCGCUUUAAUCCAGCGAGUCUGGAGAAGCACCGAGCUGUCUGUCGGAACGUCUUUGGCAAGACUCGCUCGACCUUCGAGUCACAGAACCAGCGGCUGCGUGGGGUCAAGUCGCAGGAGGCUUCCGAAAACAGCGAAGCUUCACGAAGAAGACAUCGAGCUGUGCUGGAGACCAAAGUAGAAGUCCACCAGCCAGCUGUGGCGGCAACAGUGACUUCCAGGGCUGCAGAGGCUGAGACGCCUGCAGAACGUAAAGCAGGUACCAGUCCGAGACGUGCUACACGUGAGUCUGAGUUGCAACCUUGCCAACACUGUCAAAGAUCCUUUCGGCCAGCCGCACUUGACAAGCACAUGAAGGUGUGUCAGAGUGUGUUCCCUUCCCAUGAUGCCAAGCGCAAUUUCCAAAACAGUCGUGAUCAUCGAAACGCAAAAGGACAUACUUCAGAGGUCGAAAGCAAAGUGAUCAAAGCAACCAAUUCCACCCCACCGCGAGUGCGACCCAAAGUGGCCGAGCAAGCAAAGGAGAAGGUUGAACGAGAGGUGCCGGAAAGCACCCCAAUGAUCUUCGGUGGAGAACAGGCCGAGCCUGGAAGUCCCAUUUGGUCGUUGGCUUUUGAAGCUCCAGAGGCAGCUGGAGAACCCGCCCGCGGCCUGGACGUUUGGGAGCAAGAGGUCGAAGAAGCCAUCCAGGCGAUGUCUGAACCCAUACAGGACGUCUCCCCUUUGACCAUGUGGACACCUGGAUGUCCAGCCUCCGCAUCCUCCAGCUGCCUUCAGGAAAGAGCCACGUUGCUUGAGCGAGCUCGUUUGGGCAUGAAAAUGGGUCAGCGCCCACAGCAAGCCUUGUUCGGCUCCACAUCGGAAGUGGUGCUCACGGCCGACAGGUAUCGUGCCUUGCUGCCAUCUUCCACGCUGGAGUCGAGUGCAACUCCGGCAGAUCGAAUGUCUCAGACAGUCCAAGCAGCACCCCGUUUCUUUCAGGCUGGAGUCUCAACUCAUGAGGUGCCUCAGUACCGAGGUGUGCCUGACUAUCUAAGCAGAUCUCAGCCCAUUGUGCCAACAGUGGCAGAGGCACCUCUUUCAAGUCGCGAAAGCCGCGAAACGAACCGUCGGAUGGAGGCGAGUCCAAUCCGUCGCUUGAGCUUCCAAUCUCUAGGUGCGACUGAUGCCGGAGUAUCCAGAGCUUCUGGCUUGAGGUUGCCAGUGCAGCGGCGGGAGCCACAACAAGCGCAACAAGGGCCACCAGUUGAGGUCAGAACUGUUCCCAGGAGCCAAGUGUCGGCCAAGGUGAAACCGGGCGUCGGACGUGAAGAUCCAGCGCCAGCGAAGAUUUCAUUGAGUCAAUCCUUCACCCUGUCUGCUUCUGCUGGCAGCCCACUACAGUCCAGAUCAGGAUCCAUGCAGCUACCCGUGAGAUCGCAAAGAACGCCACGAGAGCAGCCGCAGGCCUUUGCAGUUCCUGCCGCCCCACCACCCUCACCUUCAGUACCCGCACGACAGCGGCCGCAGAUUUCAAGCUUUGAGACGGUGGCUCCGGUCCCAUCCGCACCCUCCCCUCGCGGUGGCGCUUGUGUGGUUUCUCCACAGGGGCUGCAGCCUUCCAUGUCUUGGGACGUCUCCAGCAUAGGAUGUGGCUACGGCGUAGCGUCCCCUCUGGGCUGCACCACGUCACCCCUGCUGCGUGUACGAAGUGUGGAGCCUCCGCGGAGACAGGUCAUGGUGACCCCCCAGCACCGGACGGUGCCGCGGCUGGAUUUGGGGAAGGUGAGGCGAUGA